GAUAAAGUAUCAUAUAAGACAAUUAAAAACUGUUGGCGUAAAACAAAAAUACUUACAGUUGAAUUAGAUUAUAAUGACCUACCUCAAGAAGAUACUUCAUUAUAUGAUAAAUAUCUGGAUGAUGAAAAUGAAUUUUCCACUGUAGUUACAGACUCUCCCACCACAAUCGCAGCAGUAGCUAUAAAUUCUUAUGACAUUAAUGAAACUUCUCGCUAUGAAUCUAAGUCUAUAAAAACUGAGAUCUUACCUGUUCUUUCUCAUCAUAAUAGACUCAAACAAGAGGAAACACAAACGAAUAUUAGACUUACCUUACAAAGAAGAGUUUAUGGUAUUCAUACCCUGUUAAGAUGUAUAAUGGAACAAAACAUUGUGUCUAAG